CAUAUUUAUAACCUAAAAUUAAUAAAUAAAUAAAACAAAUAUGCUGGGAACACUAAAAAUGUGUUACACUUGCCUGGAAAUAAAGGAUGACGAAUUAAUUGAUGUUACAGCCUUAGACUUUGAUAGCAGAACGUUUCUGUACAAGCUGCAAAUGUGCGUUUCGUCCCAUUUGGACGAACAUAACUCUAAAUUACUCUGCUCUGAAUGUGUUAAACAGCUACGUGUUUCGUACAAAUUUAGAGCCACAGUUUUGCUGUCGCAGGACAUCUUAAAUAAAAGGAAGAAUGACCUAUUACCCACUGUUUAUGAGGGAGACCCGACCGAUGUCUUAUACAAAAUAGCUGUUCAUAGACAAUUUUUUGGCUCACAGUGCCUUAUCGUUAACGAUCCUGUAGAUUUAAACGACUUGAGGGAGACUGACAAAAACAAGGCUCCCGAACUGCCUAGCAACGAGGCAGCGUAUUUCUUAGAAUUGAAAAGUGAAAGUGCUGCACAAGUAGAUGACAUUCACAAUUCACAGUUUACAAUUGCAGAUCUGAUAAACAAAUUUGAGUGUAGUAAAUGUAACAUUGUGGCUGACUCUGAGCACCACGAUUGCUCGAAGUAUAAUGGUGGGUAUAAAUCAGCCAAAGAAAUAAAAGUGAAACGUCGGCGAGUACGGGUAAAGAGGGAGUUGGCAGUACUAGAAGAUGACAUUACAUACGAGUGCUAUCAUUGUGCGACAGUUUUUAACAAAAGGUGGAAAUUACAAAAACACAUCACUCGUGUACACACGAAUGUUAAGAAGCACAUUUGUCCGUACUGCGCAAAGAGCUUCAAACAAUCCUACCAUCUGCGAGAGCACUUGACCUCACAUACCGGCGAACGCAACUACACCUGCUCCUAUUGCGAAAAAACAUUUCAACGAAUUUCCUCAUUGAAACGACACAGUCGCUCUCAUGAGCGAGCACCUGGAGAAAAAACUAAAAAAACCCCAUUCCUGUGUACGGUGUGCGGCAAAAACUUUCCUUUCUCCAAUGGCGUGCAGCGGCAUAUGCGUACUCACUUAGGUAUAAGAAAUCACGAAUGUACAGUUUGUCAUAGGCGAUUUACACAGUCCACCCACUUGCAUGUACAUAUGCGAACCCACACGGGUGAAAAGCCCUACAUUUGUGACACUUGCGGUGAGGCCUUUCCCCUGAAUGCUAGCUUACAAAAACAUAUGGCAAUACAUAAAAGUAAUAGUGAUUGCGAUCAAUUGAAAAUGAGUCCGAAUUGCAAUUAAGAAUUUUGUAGGGGUAGGGAUUGAUAUGGAUUGCUUUUUUACAUUGUUAAGUAUUUAUUGCAAUUAUUUGUUUAGUGGUAAUUUAAAUAAAAACAAUUAAAAAUG